AUGAUGGUGAGUGAGACAAAAAGGAAAUCCUAUGAAGAAAAAGUGAAAGAAGGUGUAUUGGCAACAACAGAAAAGAAAACGCAGAAGAAAAAUACAAAGCCCAAGUAUGUGAAUUCUCCAGGGAUUCGAAAAAUGAAACUAAAUUCUGAAAUUCUACCCCCAAUCUGUCAUCCUUCUGGUAAUGAUGAAAAGGUAGUCCUUAGCUUAGAAGAUAUUCCAACUACAGCUGAUCUAUCUUUGGAAAAAAAUCCGGAUAAUCUUAUCCCUAAUGGUCACCAUAUUCCUUCAAAGGAAGCCCAAGUGGCUGCAGACGUGGAGGAGGAAGAGGAGGACCUGGACCCAUGGAGCCUGCCACAGCUGCAGGCAUCGGGACCUGCAUGGAGUGUGUUUUUAAGCUUCACGGAAAAUGCUGGUGUGAUUAUUGAAUACCCAGUAAAGAAACAGAUGAAGAAUAGCAAAUACAUGCAGUUAAAACAAAUAAGGUUAUGUGUUUGUUUCUUCUCAGAACUGGAUACAUGUGGCAAAGUGAAGAGAGUAUUCAUGGGAAUACUGAAGACUGUCCUUCUUAUUGGUUUUCUUUACUUCUUCAUAUGUUCCUUAGAUGUCCUGAGCUCAGCCUUUCAGCUGGUUGGAGGGAAAAUGGCUGGCGAUAUCUUCAGUGACAAUGACAUCCUUGCAAACCCUGUGGCUGGGCUGGUGAUCGGAGUACUGGUUACUGUUUUGGUACAGAGUUCCAGUACUUCAUCCUCCAUCAUUGUCAGCAUGGUUUCUUCAGGAUUGAUGAAUGUACGGGCCUCUAUUCCCAUUAUAAUGGGAGUCAAUGCUGGAACUUCAGUCACCAGUACCUUGGUCUCACUGGCUCAGUCUGCUGAUCGAAAUGAGUUCCGCAGGGCAUUUGGAGGAUCAGCUGUCCAUGGUAUUUUCAACUGGAUGACUGUAAUUAUCUUGCUACCCAUUGAAGUUGGCACUGGAUAUCUCUACCACCUGACUCAUGCCAUAAUUACUAGCUUCAAUAUCCAAUCAGGAGAGGAUGCACCUGAUAUAUUGAAAGUACUGACUGAACCACUGACAAAGUUAAUCAUUCAGCUAGAUAAGUCAGUAAUCACUGGAAUUGCUACAGGGGAUCCAGAAGCUAGAAAUAAAAGCUUAAUCCAACGCUGGUGCAAGACGAAUUCAACAGUGGUGUGGAAGAAUGUCACUAUUCUCAACGUGACCGAGUGUGACACAUAUCAGUGCUUUCACAAUGGGAAUGAGUCAGUGAUUCUGAAGAACAUUACUGAGAAAGAGAACUUGGAAAUGUGUAAGCACAUUUUUGCAAAUGCCUCUCUUUCGGAUAUGGCAGCAGGCUUCAUUCUCCUGGCUGGCUCUCUAAUUGUACUGUGUACCUGCUUGAUCCUGGUCGUUAAGGUACUGAAUUCAGUGUUAAAGGGGAAGAUUGCAGUGCUGAUCCGGAAGAUCAUUGACUCAGAUCUUCCAUAUCCCUUUGGCUGGGUGAAUGGAUAUUUGGCAAUUAUUGUUGGAGCAGUGGUUACAUUCAUUGUUCAAAGCAGUUCAGUCUUCACAUCCGCAAUUGUUCCACUAAUGGGGAUUGGUGUCAUUAGCUUGAAUCGUGCAUACCCCUUAUGCUUGGGAUCCAACCUUGGAACCACAACAACUGCAAUCCUGGCAGCCUUAGCAAGUCCAGCAGAAAGCCUCGGAAACUCUGUGCAGGUUGCUCUAGUCCAUCUGUUCUUUAACCUCACUGGGGUAAUCCUUUGGUAUGUAAUACCAGUUUUACGUCUUCCAAUACCACUUGCCAAGAAGUUUGGAGACAUAACAGCAAAAUAUCGGUGGUUUGCUGUUUUAUACCUGCUGAUGGCCUUCUUUAUUCUACCUGCUGCAAUCUUUGGUCUCUCAAUGGCUGGCUGGGUCAUGCUGGCUGCAGUUGGAGUACCUAUCCUGGUUCUCAUCAUAGUCGUUGUCAUCAUCAAUGUUCUGCAGAGAAAACGUCCAUUGUGGCUUCCUAAGUCCUUACGGAGUUGGGACUUCCUGCCAAAGUGGAUGCAUUCCUUGGAACCAUGGGACAGGUUUUUCUUCCGCUGUUGUCAUGGCUGCUGUAACAAGUGUAGCAAGAAGGAUGAAGGAGAGAAAACUGAUAAGGCAGCAGUGAUAGACAUGAAAUCUGAUAUAAAGUCAGAGUAUUGUUAUGAUAACCCAGCAAUUGUCAGAUCUCAAGAACUGUGA